AUGAACAGACAAGUACACAACAAUCCCCCAGCAAGAACUGUGUAUCUAGGGUCAAUUCCUUAUGAUCAGACGGAGGAACAGAUCCUGGACCUGUGCUCGAACGUCGGGCCUGUCGUAAACCUGAAGAUGAUGUUCGACCAACAGACAGGUAAAUCUAAGGGCUACGCUUUCGUGGAAUAUAGAGAUCUGGAGGCCAGUGGUAGUGCCGUACGGAACCUGAAUGGCUACCAGCUGGGCAACAGACACUUGAAAUGUGGCUACUAUGGGGGCGGAGACACGGGCAUGAGUAGCUCGGGCAACGGAGCAGCAGGGCUGCAGAGCGACGAGGAGAGAAACCCAGCGUUUGCUGGUUUGCCGGUAGGCGUGGACGUCAACGUCAACAUGACCACGCCUGCAAUGAUGAUCUCAAGCGAGCUCGCCAAGGGCUCCAAGGAAGAUCAGCUGGGGCUACUGCGGGAACUGCAACAAAUGGCACAGAAUAACGCCGAACAGUUCAAUAGUCUGCUGGAACAAUUCCCGCAACUCAGCUUUGUCGUGGCAGAGCUUUUGCUGACGUCAGGAAUUAGCACAGUUGAUGACUUGACACAGCUAGCAGUGCAGAACAACCCACCAAGUUCUUCUUCUAAGACCCAGCAAAAUCCCCAAGUACAAGAGCAGCAGAAAGAGCUACUGAGACAGGUACUACAACUAACAGACAGCGAGAUUGCCGUGCUUCCCGACGAUGAAAAGAUGUCACUAUGGGAGCUUAAACAGAAGGCCAUGCGGGGAGAGUUUGGUUUGAUAUGA